AUGCGUCUCUCCACCUUCAUCGUUCCUGUCGCGAGCAUCCUCUCGUUAGCAUGCGCGCAGGUUCAUCUCAUCAGAAAUGCCCUUGACGAAAUUAAAACCAAAGUCGACGCCACCAAGCACGCCUUCAACACCCAUAACGGCAAAUCCAUCAAGUCGUCUCUUAAUGCGCUUGACAAGUCCAUCUCCGAGGCCACAGUCGUCGUAUCCAAUAGCAAUAGUCUCUCUACCAGGGAGGCUAUCAGCCUGCGUAGCUCCUUCGCCGGCCUGCAGGCCUCCAUCGAUAACGCCUUCCCCGUCGUUAAGUCCGUGGAGCCCGUCCUCGAUUCCCUGGACCUUUCUGGUGCCAUCAAGGACUCUAUUGUGAAACAAAGGUUAGCCGUCGGAACCCUCGGCAACUUUGUCGUGGCCAAGAUGCCGGUUUUCAUUCGAGGAGCUGCCAACGGAUUUGUCGUAACACUAGACCGGUCAUACUUGGGGGUGAUUGAAGUAUACUCGGAGAGAUGUUGA